AUGUUUAUAGUUUUUGGUGCAAGUAUUAGUGGGUUUCAGUACAUGAGGAAAGUCAUUGUUGUUGAUGGAACACAUUUGCAAGGAAAAUACAAGGGUACUCUCUUGCUAGCAACUGCACAGGAUGGGACUUUGUUAAACUAUGUCAUAUCUGAUGACAGAGGACUUGCCAUAAUCUCGGAUAUGCAUAUAGCAAUUGGAAACGCUAUAAGAAAGGUGUACCCUCUAGCAACUCGCGAAAUUUUCACCUACCAUCUUUACAAGAAUAUUCUCCAACGGUUUAGAGGUGGUGAAUCUUUCAAGCUUGUUAAAAAAGCAGCAAAGGCUUAUCGAGUCUAUGAAUUUAACGCCAUUUUUGAAGUGAUCGGUCGAGUGAAUCCUGGUCUUCACGCAUAUUUGCAAAAGGCUGGUGUACAAUGCUGGGCACGAGUUUAUUUUCAAGGAGAUAGGUACAACUUCACGACAACAAACAUAGCUGAGUCGAUCAAAAAAGUACUUUCUGAGGCUAGGAGCUUGCCAGUUAUGCAGCUUAUAGAUGCAAUAAGGUCAAUGUUGAAUCGAUGGUUUGCAGAACGGCAUAAUGAUGCAGGAGUAAUGAAAACCGUUUUAACACAGGGCAUUGAAAAGUUGCUUGCGGGUCAAGUGGAAAGGUGUAAGGAUCUAACAAUACAAGAGAUUGACGCCCACCAAUUUGAAGUUGGUGUUGGAGGAUACGUUAAUGUCGUCAAUUUGACGCAAAAGAAAUGUACAUGUCGUAUGUUGGACUUGUAA